ACCACCUAUGACCUCUUCUUCUUCAUUAGUCUUCUUCUCUCUAUCUGUCUUUUUCUCUCUCUCUCUCUCUGUUGAGAUCACAGAACAGAAAAAACAAAUGGAUACACCAUUACCUUCUUCCUCGCCGGAGCUCGAACUGGAUAAUCUCAAAGCUCUUAAGGUUCUCGGCAAAGGAGCCAUGGGAACCGUCUUCUUGGUCUACGAUCGUACAGCUGACCCAUCUGCCCGCUCCCCUUUCGCUCUCAAAGUCGUCGACAAAUCCUCUGUCCACAACGACGGUGACCGUCGUGCCCGGUGGGAAAUCCGUGUUCUGUCGCGUCUGUCCCACCCAUUCCUUCCUUCUCUAUUGGGCUCGUUCGAGGCCCACGAUUACUUGGGCUGGGCCGUGCCUUACUGUCCCGGCGGCGACCUCAACGUCCUCCGUUACCACCAGACCGAUCGAGUCUUCUCCUACACCGUGAUCCGAUUCUACUUGGCGGAGAUCGUCUGCGCUCUCGAACACCUCCAUUCCAUGGGGAUCGCCUACCGUGACUUGAAACCAGAGAACGUGCUGAUUCAGCAAUCCGGUCACGUGACCCUCACGGACUUCGACCUUUCCCGAAGCCUCAAGCACAGAACCGUCGUAACCGUAAUCUCAGCCGAAGACAAGUCAACUCUCCUCCCCGAAACUCGCCGCAAACACCGGCGGAUCCUCACGCGCUGGAUCGCCACUGCCAUGCCCGGCGAUUUCGGUAGUAGUAAUAACAGUAACAGUAAUAAAGGAUUAAAGAAAGCCAAGUCAGCACGAGUCAGCCCAGUGAGUCGACGGAAAACGAGUUUCUCCAACGGCGAAAGGUCCCACUCGUUUGUGGGAACGGAGGAGUACGUGUCACCCGAGGUGGUCCGUGGCGAAGGGCACGAGUUUGCCGUGGACUGGUGGGCCCUGGGGAUUCUCACAUACGAGAUGAUGUACGGAACGACACCGUUUAAGGGAAAGAAUCGUAAAGAAACGUUUCGGAACGUUUUGAUGAAACGUCCCGAGUUCAUAGGCAAACCCUCGGCUUUAACGGACUUGAUCGGACGGUUGUUAGAGAAGGAUCCCACCAGACGAUUGGGUUACGCGAGAGGCGCCACCGAGAUCAAGGAACACGAAUUCUUUCGCGGGCUCAGGUGGGACCUACUAACGGACGUUUUACGGCCUCCGUUUAUUCCGUCUCGCGAAGACGACGGUGAGCUAACGGAAAAUUUAAAGGCUGAUGCCGGUUUUGAUAUUCGGGAGUACUUCCAAAAAUUGAGGUCACCGCCGUCUAUGCCGCCGUCACCUGAUUGCCAACUGUUAACGGAGUUCUAACGACGCACGUGUGAGAGAGAUGGCUCACGUAAGAAGUAGUUACUUAUCAACCUCCUUUUUCUUAAAAAGAAUAAUUAUAAAUAUUAAUACACAUUUUUAUUCUUUUUUAUAUGAAAAAAAAAAUAUUCGUCUCCGUGUUCAGUGUACAUAUAAAAUAAGGUUAGAAGUUAUAAAACGGCGUUAGUUGAUAUAUAAUUAGAUUUGUAAGAGUGUAUUAGUACGUAAUUAUAUACAGUGUACAUCUUUUAUCAAUCUCAUUCUCCACGCACGCGCUACAUAACUGCGUGUACUUCACGUCCCA